AUGGCGAAAUUCAGAAUGAUGAAUUGACGAAUAAAAUUAAGCAUUUUCUAUGAUGUGGAUAAUAAAAUAAUAUUUUGUAAGGUUCAACUUUCUUUUCUAAUUUUCAGAUUUAAACAAUCUUGGAAACACUGAAUCACUAACAAUUAUUAUGUACAAAAUGUAGCGUAGCUUGAUCUAAUUUUAAAAUGAGUGAUUUAUACGUUGCGGUUGUGUGUUCCUCUAAUAUGAAUCGUAGCAUGGAAGCUCACGCGUUUCUCGUAAAAAAGGGUUUUAAUGUGAAAUCUUAUGGAACUGGCGAAAAAGUCAAACUACCUGGAGCCUCGGCAGAUAGGCCUAAUUGUUACGAAUUUGGUGUUUUAUACGAUGAGAUUUACAAUGAUCUUAUGGAAAAAGACAAAAAUUACUACACUCAAAAUGGACUGUUACAUAUGUUAGACAGGAAUAGAAGAAUAAAGCCUUGUCCAGAAAAAUUUCAGGUGUGUAAUGAAAGAUUUGAUGUCAUAAUAACUUGUGAAGAAAGAGUAUAUGAUCAAGUAAUUGAAUGGUUUGGCUCUAGAAGGUCAAUCUAUAAUCAACCUGUUCACGUAGUAAACAUUGACAUCCAGGAUAAUCACGAAGAAGCAACGAUUGGUGCAUUUUUAAUAAGUGAUAUGGUAACAAAAAUGGCUCAAAGCGAUGAUUUGGACAAUGAUAUAGAUGAAUUACUACACGAGUUUGAAUCAAAGUGCCACAGACCUAUUUUGAACUGUAUAAUGUUUUAUUGAAAAAUAAUUUGACUGAAUGCUAUUGUGUUUAUCAAUUAAAAAUAAAUAAAUAUAAAACUCA